AAUUUGAAGAACAGGGUUUAUCCCAACAGAAUCGAAUCUAUACCGUUAUCCACUCCGCCACUCUUCUCUUUUGGCUUCCACCCAAAAUUGUCCCCAUUCUGCACUCAAGUCUCAAACCGUGAACCCAACUCCCACACUCUAAAAUCUACUGAAUCGAAAUUUGGUCCUGUUUCGUGGGUUAGCAGUAAAUGGCCGACUGUUCCAACGGCAUGCAUUUCUUGAAUUUUGUUGUGAAGCACUGAUGAGGAUGCUGAAAAAUGUGGAGCUGUGUACGCCUUCUUAAUGAGCACUUCAAUACUCUUCUGCCCGAAUCCCAUCUCUCUGAAACGACCCACUUCCGGUAACUAUUUGUUCCUCAGUGGUUCCGAGGUCCAAUUGACCCAUUGCCGGAGUUGGAAGAGAAGGUUCCGGAAGUUAAUUCCCCAUGUCAAGAAAAGGAAUUCUAAGAAGAGCAGGGGUAGGAAGAGUUGGUGGCAGAAGUUCUUUGACGAGGAAGGGAAUUGGUUUGGUUUGAAGGACGAUGAAAUGCUGGAUGAGGUGGAAAUAGAGGAGGGAUUGAGCGGCGGCGAGGAGGUGUCGGAGGAUGAGAAGUUUGAAGCGUGGAAAAGACGAGCGGAGGCCAUUAUAGAGUUGAGGGAAGCGCAGGAGGAUAUUAGGAACGAGGAGAAUAGGAGGUGGGAGGAUUGGCUUGUGGACCCGACUGCUAUUGAUCUUGGCAAUGGUUCUUCCUGGGUACGGAGCUCUAAUGGUUCCAUUGGAAAUCCCGAAGAGGGCGCUGUGGGGGAGGAUCUCAGUGACUUAAUUCCUGUGAGGGGAUUGGUUAAAUCAAUGAGGGAUAUGAUGCUUGGCAGGGAAGAAGAUGACAUUUUGUAUGAGGAUCGCAUAUUUCAGUAUGCCUCCUUCAAUUCGGCUAAGUUUUUGGCAGUGUUGAUUAUUAUUCCAUGGGCCUUGGAUUUUUUAGUUCACGACUAUGUUCUUAUGCCUUUUCUGGACAGGUAUGUGAAGAUUGUACCACUGGCAGCAGAGUUGCUUGAUGUGAAAACAAGCCAGAAGCGUGAAAUGAUUAAGGAACUAAAACUUGAGCAAGCACGAUAUCGUCUUGAGGUCGAGAUUGGUAAAUCUCCACCUCUUUCUGAAAAGGAGCUUUUCAUGGAGCUUCAUCAGAAAGCGUUAGAAAUGCGGGAUGAGCGGAGGUUAGAAAAUCGCCGAGCAUUUGCUAAUAUAUGGUCGGAUGCUGUAUUUGGCAUCUCAUUAUUCAUUCUUUUGUACUUCAAUCAGAACAAAGUGUCUUUGCUCAAAUUUACAGGUUACAAAUUAAUAAAUAAUAUCUCGGACACUGGGAAGGCCCUUCUCAUUAUUCUCAUUACAGAUAUAUUUUUAGGGUAUCAUUCUGAGUCUGGUUGGCAGACUUUGUCAGAGGUAAUCGUGGAGCAUUAUGGGUUUGAGGUUGAUCAGGCUGCCAUAACGAUAUUUGUUUGCAUUUUUCCAGUUGUCAUCGAUGCAUGUGUGAAGCUUUGGUUGUUCAAGUACCUACCAAAGAUAUCCCCAAAGGUGUCAAAUAUUUUCCGGGAAAUGAAGAGGCAUUAGAAGGAUUGUUUCUCUCCAGCACCUAUUGUCUCGUUUACACAAUUUUCCAACUCGCCAUUUUCUCCUCUUGGUCUUGGUUUUGGUUUGGUGACCACAAAAUUGCUUUUAAAGAGGGUAGAGGUGGAUCCUGCAUGUCCUAUGUGUGGACUAGUUCAUGAAGACACAAUGCAUACUCUCGUUAUAUGUGAUUUUACACAACUUGUUUGGCAUGAGUCACACUUACCCCUUUCAAACAUAAUGGGCAACAAUUUUAUUAUGCGGUUUACAAAUAUUUUGACCACUUUGACUGAAGAUGAAAUUUGCAUGGAUGUAGCUAUCCUCUAUCACGUGUGGCGUGCAAGGAACAAUGUUGUAUGGGACAAUUUUAUACCAGCUCCAAAACGAGUCGUGGCGUUGGCGGCAGCAACACUACAAGCGUGGAGGGCGGUGAACUACAGAUUGCUCUCAGCUCUGGAGUGGGUUAAGCAGGGUGCAGUCUACCUUCUAUUCUUAUGUUGGUUUAUACAUUGAUGCAUGUAGGAGUGCCAUUGCCUCUUUUUUAUUUUGUCGUAUCGUUUUAAGUUCCUAGAUCAGGGAAUGUUAUUGCUCAUACUUUUGCUACUGCGGCACGUCAUCAGGCUAGCAUUUUGUAUUGGGACUCUGUCCUCCCUGACUCUGUUUUGUCUCUUUUACAAUAAUCUAUACCUCAUAGUUUUAUUUCAAAUAAAAAA